CCGUGCCCAUUGCCAGCACUUGAAAUCCCACUGCUGGAAGGUGCGAUGCGAUCAAUGUGAUUGGGGCCGAGCUUGAUUCCUGUAGACAUUCUUAACAACUUAUCGAUGUCUCAGACUGUGGAUGAAAAUAGCGCCUUAAGUAAGGCCAUUAGUAGAGGGGAAGAUCGUUCAGCAUCCCCGAGAUCCAGAGAUGAUCAACGCAAGUGAAUGGGGCCCCGAACGAGUGACCCAGUGAAUAACCGCAAGAUAAUCCGACUGGGGUCGAAGGUCGGACAUCUCUCCCGAUAUUACUGCAGGGCCAUACACCUUGUCUCAGGGCCAUGGAUCGGUGGGCAAUGUUCUCUCCGGGGAGUGCAGCCACCAGGUAUGAGGACCCUAGUUCUGCGGACCAGGAUUCGAAAUGCGUCGCUGGUCCGAGCAACCGACAAGAAUCAGAGCUGCUCCAUCCCCAAAGCUGGAUUGGAUGGGGGUCCAACAAGCAAGAUCGCCCGUCCGAGGGCUUGGGCUUCAUACUUCGCGGGAAAAACAACAACGGAGGUCCUGCCGGCAAAUUGGAGGAGGGGUGCAUGGGACGACAGCAUCUCAGACUUUGCCGGUUACUUCGAGGCUUCGACAGGGCAUCAUCACCUUGCCAAUCCUAUCUUGGCCCGGGGUGCUGAACCAUAGGAAUCUCUCGCGCUAGGAGCUGUCGACCGUGGAUGACCCAUCCCGAUCAAGGCCGGGCCAGCGUGCCGGGCAUUUCCGAGCGGGGGAUCAAGGUUAUCAUGGCGGGCCAGAUCAGUCGGCCGUUGGAAGCUGUCGCAGACA